AUGUUAUACCAUCUAUCUGUCGCAAUAUGUUCAUUAUCUAUCUAUCUAUCUAUCUAUCUCAUUAAAUUCUUUAUCUAUCACCGUUUGUUCAUCUUUCUUUCUUUCUAUCGCAAUAUGUUCAUUAUCUAUCUAUCUAUCUAUCUAUCGAUCUAUCUAUCUAUCUAUUUCAUUAAAUUCUUUAUCUAUCACCGUUUGCUCCUCUUUCUUUCUUUCUUUCUUUCUUUCUUUCUAUCGCAAUAUGUUCAUUAUCUAUCUAUCUAUCUAUCUAUCUAUCUAUCUAUUUCAUUAAAUUCUUUAUCUAUCACCGUUUGUUCCUCUUUCUUUCUUUCUUUCUUUCUUUCUUUCUUUCUAUCGCAAUAUGUUCAUUAUCUAUCUAUCUAUCUAUCUAUCUAUCUAUCUAUCUAUCUAUCUAUCUAUCUAUCUCAAUUAGUUCAUUAUCUAUCUAUCACCGUUUGUUCAUCUUUCUUUCUUUCUUUCUUUCUUUCUUUCUUUCUUUCUAUCGCAAUAUGUUCAUUAUCUAUCUAUCUAUCUAUCUAUCUAUCUAUCUAUCUAUCUAUCUAUCUAUCCAGUUCAUUAAAUUCUUCUAUCUAUCACCGUUUGUCCAUCUUUUUUCUUUCUUUCUUUCUUCCGAAUUUCUUUCUUUCUUUCAGUUUUCAUUUCUUUCUAUCUCAGUAUGUUCAUUAUCUAUCUAUCUAUCUAUCUAUCUAUCUAUCUCAAUUAGUUCAUUAUCUAUCUAUCACCGUUUGUCCAUCUUUCUUUCUUAUUUCUUUCUUUCUUUCUUUCUCAAAUAUGUUCAUUAUGUAUCACAGUUUGUUCAUCUAUCUAUCUAUCUCAGUCUUUCAAGAUAUCUAUCUAUCUAUCUAUCUAUCAUCUAUCUAUCUAUUCUAUCUAUCUAUCUAUCUAUCUCAGUCUGGUCAAGAUAUCUAUCUAUCUAUCUAUCUAUCUAUUUCAAUUAGUUUUUUAUCUAUCACAGUUUGUUCAUCUUUCUUUUCUUUCUUUCUUUCUUUCUUUUCUUUCUUUCUUUAUAUCAAUAUAUGUUCAUUAUCUAUCUAUCUAUCUAUCUAUCUAUCUAUCUAUCUAUCUAUCUAUUUAUUAAAUUAUUUAUCUAUCACCGUUUGUUCCUCUUUCUUUCUUUUUCUUUCUUUCUUUCUAUCGCAAUAUUUCUUUUUAUCUAUCACCGUUUGUUCAUCUUUUUUUUCAUCUUUCUUUCUUUCUUUUUCUUUCUUUUUUUUCUUUCUUUCUUUCUUUUCUAUCGCAAUAUGUUCAUUAUCUAUCUAUCUAUCUAUCUAUCUAUCUAUCUAUCUAUCUAUCUAUCCAUCUCAGUUAAAUUAUUUAUCUAUCACCGUUUGUCCAUCUUUCUUUCUUUCUUCUUUCUUUCUUCUUUCUUUCCGAAUAUUUCAUUUGUAUCACAGUUCAUUAUCAUCAUCUAUCUCAUCUGGUCAAGAUAUCUAUCUAUCUAUCUAUCUAUCUAUCUAUCUAUCUCAAUUAGUUUAUUAUCUAUCUAUCUACCGUUUGUCCAUCUUUCUUUCUUUCUUUCUUUUAUUUAUUUCAAUUUUCUUUCUUUCUAUCGCAAUAUGUUCAUUAUCUUUCUAUCUAUCUAUCUAUCUAUCUUUCUAUCUAUCUAAUCUAUCUAUAUAUAUCAAUUAG